UCAUAAUAUAAGCUCUCACCUUUCUCUCCACAUACUCGAUCAAAACCAGACAGCUAACGAACUCUACUCCAGAGUUCUUUCCCAUCUCUAAUUUGAUCAAUUCGUUAUAUAUACUACUCUUCAUCUCCACUCUCUCCUUUCCUUGGAAACUUUUGCCACUCGUAAACUUGCGACAAUGGAGGAAACCGACGUCCCUUUUCAUUUCCUUUGCCCGAUCUCGAUCCAGCUCAUGCGAGACCCCGUCACGGUCUCCACCGGGAUCACCUACGAGAGAGAGAGCAUCGAGAGAUGGCUGUUCUCGUGCAAGCACGACACUUGUCCCGUGACCAAACAAGUCCUGACCGGCAUCGACCUCACCCCCAACCACACCCUCCGGCGCCUGAUCCAGUCAUGGUGCACCCUCAACGCCUUCGAGCAAAUCCCGACUCCGAAGCUGCCGCUCGACACGACCCAGAUCGUGAAACUCAUCGACGACGCGAAGAAGUCGCCGGAAAUGCAGCGGAGGUGCCUCCAGCGGCUCAGGUCGAUCGCGUUCCGAAGCGAGGACUGCAAGAAGUACUACUUGGAAUCUGCCGGUGCGGUGGAGUUCCUGGCGUCGAUCAUAAAGAGAAACGACUCGACGAUACUGGAGGUGGAACUGGACACCGGUUUGGAGUUCAAGAGGUCGUGCCACGAGGCCCUGUCCAUCCUUUCUCACCUUGAAACGUCGGCGACGGCCCUGAAGAAGCUGGUCGCGAACAACGGCUACGAUAACGGCGACAACCAAUUCGUGGCGUCGUUAAUGGGCGUGUUGAGAUGCGGGAAUCACGAGUCUCGAAGCAACGCGAUAGUGCUAAUGAAAUCCAUUUCUGAAGCUUUGGAUCCGAACCAAAUGACUAGUAUCAAAUCCGAGUUCUUCAGUUUGGUAGUUGACGUUUUGAGAGACCAGAUAUCGGAGAAGGCCAGCAAGGCGGCGUUGAAGAUUCUCGCGGAGGCGUGUCCGUGGGGAAGGAACCGGAUAAAAGCGGUCGAAAAAGGCGCCGUCUCGGUCCUGGUCGAGCUCCUCAUGGAAACGUUCGAAAGGAGGCCGUGCGAGCUCAUGUUGGUUGUCUUGGAUCAGCUCUGCGGCUGCGCGGAGGGUCGGGCCGAGCUGCUGGAGCACGGAGCCGGGCUGGCGAUCGUGUCGAAGAAAAUACUCAGGGUCUCUCACGGCGCGACAGACAGGGCCGUGAAGAUCCUCUCGUCGAUAUCUAGGGUUUCCGCGACGUCUAGGGUUCUUCAGGAGAUGCUGGACGUGGGUGUUGUUACGAAGCUGUGUUUGGUGAUGCAAGUGAAGACCAGCCUGAAGACCAAAGAGAGAGCCAAGGAGAUCCUGAAAUUGCAUUCUAGGGUUUGCAAGAAGUCCACUUGUAUCCCUCCUCACUUGCUCUCUUCUUAUCCGUCUUGACGAGAAGAGGCUAAAUUAAUAUAUUUUUUGUGCACAUAAUGUGAACCAAAUAGAUAUAUAGUAGUAUGA